AUGGGUGGAGCAUCAAGCACUCCGUCUGACGGCACUUCACCCCAGAUUGCCCGUGACCUGCGUUUGCUGUUAGGGAACUUUGAUAGACUUGACCCUAUGACUCAGAGACUGGUGAGUCUUGGGAAGAAAUGCCUGACGUCCACCAUCUUAGAUUCCCAGCAGAAUAACUUUAAGAGAUUGGAGGAGUUUAAUGCUGAAGCGUCUGGAGCUCCUCUCCAAGUUCUUCUGGGUGGUGCGGAAGCUGGUGCAGAAGCUGCUGGCUCUACAGCAACAGGUUCUGAUAAUUGUUCUCCUGUAGACUUUGAAAGUUAUUCGUUUGAAGACACGACUCGUUGUCACAAAGUGACGGAACAAAAACAGUACCGAGCCAAAGACUUUUACCCCCUGCUGAAGAGUAGUCUUCCUUCAGACGGUCACUGUGUCCUUGGACUGGUGUGGACAGACCUGUACCCCGAGGAUGACCUCAACUUCACGCAAGAGUCACACAAGGACAUCACUGAAGUGGACGGGUUCCUCGUCUGGACACUUAUACAAGCCAUCAGCCAUGAGUUAUGUCACCUGUUCGGUCAACGUCACUGCACCUACUUCCACUGUUCUAUGAACGAGAGCACCUCUCUGGUGGAGGCCAUGGAUCAGCCUCUCUUCCUGUGUCCAGUCUGUCUACGGAAGCUGCAUGAGGUGUGUCGCUUUGAUGUGCUUGACCGCUACCAGCAGAUGCUCGGCUUCCUGUUGGAGCUACAGACACAACUGCCCAGUGUCCACUGUGAUAAGGCCAUCGUGUGGCUGCAGAACUGUAUUUCCUUUCUACAACAACCAGCAUCAGCUACCGGUAAUUGACUUGACUGAAGACUGUGCUGCUCCCUGUGAUGUCAAUAUCUUGUCAAGGAGACUCUAAGACUGCAAUGUUA